AUGGUGGUCGAAGGCGACCAUGUGACGGUGGCCUCCCACCAGUGGGUGGAGGAGCUGGCGGCUGCGUCAGAAGAGCUGGUGGCGAGCCUCGCUGCAGCCGCAGCCGGUGGCGAGCGACGCACCUCACGGCAGGGCCGGGCUAUUCGCCACAUCCCGCCGCAGGACUGCUUCCUCCCGCUGCUCGUUCCGCGGAAACGCAAGUCACGACGGGAUCUGCGGGCUAGUCGGCACGCGCAGCGACUGGUGGCCAUCCACGAGAAGAGGAUGGUCGAGCUGGAGCGCGAUCUGGAGGUGGCGGAGAUGCGCCGCAAGCUCAAGGCCGCCCAUCGGGCGCCACCACUCGAUAGAUACCACCGUUACAAGGCUGCCGCACUAGAGCUAGAGCCGCUAGCUGACUUUCUUUCCGAGGACAAGUAUGCUACCCUCCGCAAGCGCUACAUCAUCAUGGCGGCGCGGACGCAGUCGACCCAUGAUGGCGCGCUGAUGCACAACAUCACUCGGCGGAUUACACUCGGCCGCACAAAACGUGCCCCGCGGUCCGCGAACGCUACAGCGCGCGUUCCGCGUCCGCCACCAGCCACGGCCCCGGUCGCCUUUCGCCCGGCGCCGCCGCCAGGCCCGCCCCCGCACCCAUCGGCGUCGCAGCCGAGCUGGCGCGCUCGUAGGCUGCGCGCUCGGACCGGGGCGUGA